AUGAUGUUCGAUAACCUUGUCGCCGUUCUUGGAGAUCAUGAAAUCUUCAAGAUCUUUGUGCCAAACCACAGUGCCGUCCGCGAGCACAAUGCUAAUACCUCGAGCAUUGAAAUCUAUCAGCCUGCCUUCUCGAGUCGGGAGGCAGAAAAUCUGCGCAACGCCGACCUCAAAAUCGCCAGCGACGGUGACGAGCUCGUAUUCGAUGGGUUCAAGUUCUUCAACACUGGCGGCGUCGUGUCCGACGCCACGAUCCUCGAGGGCGUCUUGGAGGGGACCGAGGACCAUAUAUUCACCAUUGUCCCUACGCAGCAGCCUGGGAUCCAAUUUGGCCAUGAUUGGGACAACAUUGGCAUGCGGCUGACCGAGUCCGGGAGCGUCAAGAUCGAGAACGUGCGUGUCCCCUGGACCGACGCCUUCGGCUGGGACAGCAAGACCAAGAAGCCCAUCGCCGAGGUGCUCAAGGUCCCCUUCGCGUCCCUGCUGUUGCCGACCAUCCAGCUGGUCUUCUCAAAUUUCUACGUCGGCAUCGCACUGGGCGCCCUCGACGAAGCCAAGAAAUGGACCACGUCAAAAACCCGCGCAUGGCCCUUCGGCGGGGACAACAAAGAAAAGGCUACCGAUGAGCACUACAUCCUGGCGCGUUACGGGAAUUUCCACGCCCAUCUGAGGGCAGCCGAGGCGUUGGCGGAUCGUGCUGGCGAGAAAAUCCGGGAUAUCUACGCGGACCACGGCGAGAAGCGAGAUGUGAGCGCGCGGCGGCGGGGCGAGGUGGCGGAAUGUGUGGCGAGCAUCAAGAUUGUGGCCACCGACACCAGCCUACGGGUCACAAGUGGCAUCUUUGAGGUCACUGGUGCGAGCUCCACGGCCAAAAAGGUUGGGCUGGAUCGGUCCUGGAGGGACGUGAGGACGCACACUUUGCACGACCCAGUGGCGUAUAAGGAGCGGGAGUUAGGGACCUUCUACUUGCUGGACGAGGUGCCCGAGCCGACCUGGUACACUUGA